ACACAGAGGGAGGGGGAACCGCCUCUCACAUCUGGCUCUCCAUGUCAGCAGUCCAGACUCACAUGCAGAAGUUAUGUUGGAACACUGCUGCACCUUCGCCCUGAGUCGCGGGGGGCUGGCAGAGCACAUUAUGCUGUAUAGUUUCAGGCGGUGUAUCUUCCUUGGGUCUAAAUCGUGCGUAUAGGUCCCGGUCCGCCUCUGCCUGGUGCAGGACGGUGACGCAGCGCGAGAGCAGCUUUCCUUAAAACCAGGUGAAGCGGUGACGACCAUUGCGGCAGCCGGACGCAGCAGCAGCUCGGGACGCACUGUCCCAGCCAGCCAACCAGCCGGCCAGGGCUGUUCACGGAGGAAUGAAAAGGGACUGAGGAAUAAAAAGUCAGGGAGUAUGCGCCCGGCUGCACCGCAAUGACAGCCCAUCGAAGGUCUGCCAAGCUACAGCUGCGACGGUCUAUCAGCGAGCAGCUGCGGGACUCCACGUCCAAGGCUUGGGAUCUGUUGUGGAGGAAUGUCCGGGAGAGACGUCUGGCAGGUCAGAGAGCCGCAACCAGAGGAAGUCAUACUUAAUUUUGACAUGCGGAACACGAAUGAUUUUGUCUCUGUCCGACAAAAACCUGUCAGAUAGAUCUAACAGGCUGCAGCUUGAGUCGUGAGCCGCUACCUCAGAGUACCCCGUUGUGUUUUAUAAAUUAAAGAUAGGUUUAUUUUUGUCUGGAAAUUGUUGUAGUUUCCUUACAGCGCUGGAAUCCACAAUUUCCUGGCAUUUAUCCUCCGCCUUUAGGGACACUAUAUUUAACAGUACUUUACUAGAAUAGAGGAAUGAUAAUGCAAACAAAAGUUGGUGAUACUGCAUAGCUUCUGUGUUAUGCUUGUACCAUCACGCGCACGCAGCGCGCUCCCUGAUAUUUUGGGAAGGUCAUUGUCAAAUAUAGUGCUCCAAACAGCGCAGGCAUGUGCUGUGGACAGGAGUCCAGCUGAGGGGGUUCAGAUGCCAUACUCUCAGCGACAUUUGUUAUUGCAAUCAGAGAGAAUCAUUUGUUUUGAUUAUUAUUCUCGUUAAACAGAUGUUUAAAUGUACUGAAAGAUAGAUUUCAUACAUAUCUGCAUUAGGACAAACAUUUCAUUUACGCACCAAUGCAGUAAGUUUGGAGAUUCAGCCGAUUUGCCAUAUAUUUACAGUAGCCUGGAUGCGCAGAGUUGGAUCUCUCGCCCUCCUUCUCGCUGAACUGUGCGUCAGAGAGGGACAGAGAGGGUGGAGAGAUGCUGAGGGUUGCAUGUGUCUCUUCAGUUUGAUGUAAUUACCGGGAUGUCUGCCUCUUAAGCAAAUUAAACGAUGAACAUUCCCACAUUCAAAACCAAGCUACAAGCAGCCCGAUCAGUCACAGCUACUGUGGCUGUCAGGCGCAUUCAAGAGUGCAGCGGUGAUAAAUCGCAUGUGCACGCAGCAAUAAGCCACUUGGCAUGAUGGAUAAUUACUUAAUGUGAUGAAUUAAGUUUUAAUGGCAGUUUGUACACAAUAAGUGGAGCACCAAAGGGAACACCUGCUGCCAUAGAAAUCGUUUUUCUCCUAAUUUUUCACCUCUUCAGGGCUUUCCAGGCAGAGCUCCCGAACCCAAUACCCCCCUGCCUCCCCUUCUUCCCCCCACUGCUUAACCCAUCAGCCCACAAGGCACUGAGUUCACAUCUGUCUGGAUCAGAUUUGGAGAUGGGGGGAUCCUUAGAAUCUGCACAUCUGGCCUCUCUGUUAUGCUGGUAUUCAGCAUUUUUUCCUACCAAAGUCAAGGCAAAUGCUUAUGUAUGAAAAAAGCCCAAGUUGGAAGUUUGUCAGUUUUUUUUUCUUGAAGCAUUCUGCACAAGAAAAACAAGGCUAACUUUAUUUGAAAUUCCUGCAUCCACUUAAAAUGAAAUCAAAUGCAACUUGCUGAAAGACCAAAAAACAACAGUGCUGGGAAAGGUAUGAAAAACAGUGUAGAAAGGACCAAUGCAGAUGUAUCAUAAUUUGUCAAAUCAAGCAGAAAAAAAUGUCACCCAGAUUAAGAAAUCAAAUCAAAAUUAGCUGGGAGAAUCAGGUGGAAUUGAUUUUGUUUACUUCCAUUUAAUCAACCGUGUGUUUGAGUGCGCGUGUGAAAACUGAGAGUACAUUAUAGCACCUGGAUUUAGCUGUAAUCCUGACAGAUUUUUAGGUUAGCAGUGGGGGUCGGAUAUCCCUUUGCGUGUGAGUGAUUGUGUUUGUGUGUGUGAACCUUUACCUUGAAUCAUCUCUUUCUGACUGCCACUCUCACUAUUUUGUAAUCAGCUGUACUACAGCUUCUCCUUCUUUGGCUUUCAGAGUCUGUUCAUUGUGUCAAACAUUUAUCUAUAUAACCCUGCAGACUUAGAAGCUGGUAGAUAGGCGGCAUUGAUGUCAACCUUGAACCACUGCAAUGACUCCUUCUGAAAUUGAGACCUGCAGUUUUUGCUCUUCUACUCUUAAUACCUGCAGUAUAAUCUGAAGACUAAGCAUUCACUUCAUUGCACUAGUCUUAAAGCCAUUUCAAUUUUUUGAUUAACAGGACCUAAAAACCAGUAUAUACUGUAUGUACAGGUAGGAGUUAGACAAUAUAAUCCCCCUGACUCAAACAAUUAUCACAUUGCUGGUCCAAAAAUAAGUAUUUUAAUUCAAAAUUCAUGUAUUUCUCAGAACACAUUUUCCCUCGAGGUUGACUCACUGCACUUCCUCCAGUAGCUCUAACUACAUUAACCCUGCGUAUAAUCUUUAAAGAGCAGUUUAUAUUAUUCAUAUAAUCAGUAAUCCUGAGUAUCUCCAUAUGGUUGGCUUGUAUUUCAUAAAAAAGACAUCAAAUCACUGUAUCUUAAUAUAAUCAUUAUCACUGACCAUGUAUCUUGUAUCAUAAUGGUAUUCUAAGGUAUUAUAUCUCUCUCAUUGUACCACCCCACUGAGCACUUUUUGGUCUAAAAGACAUCUAAAUGUAGCCUAGACGACUGGUCUACCACAGGUCUAAAAACGAAAGGUUUUUUAGACGUCUAAAUUUAGACGUUUAGAAGUUUAGACCAAGUCUAAAUCUGGAUUUUGAAAUAAAUAGUUACCGAAUAACGGGUUUAAAGUGCAACGUCUAAAUUCCAUCUAAAAAUAUACAGACUCUAGAUGCUUAAUAGCCGUAUGUCGCCCAGUGGGACUUGAUAUCAUCUCAUCAUUAUUGUAUCGUAUUCCAAAAUAUCAUGUAUCAUCUUCAUCAUAUCAUAUUGCAUUGUAUCGUAUUGUUUCGUAUCGUGUCAUAUCAUGUCGUGUGGUAUCGUGUUGUAUAGUAUCACAUUGUACUGAUCAGAUUGUAAAUAACUGUACACAACAAAGUUACAUCUUCUCUUUGGUUUGCCUGUUUAGUUUCUGUGCUGUCUUUGUCGGCCCUAUCUGAGUUAGGGUGAUGGAUAUUGUGUUACUGAUUUUUUACUACAGCCCCUCUCUGUGCCAGUCCAUUUACACAAACCCGUGCAGCUCGCUGUCCUGCUGUGCCUGCAACAUGGUUGAUUGUUUCUUCAGUGUUCUGCAUUGGGUAUUUAGAUUUGUUAGUGAUGUUCGUACAAGUCUAUCUAGUCACUGAGUUUGAAUAUUAAGUUUUGAUAAUUAUCCUCAAGAGGGCAGUCUAAUCAAACUGGAUCAGAGUUAAGUUUUAAUAUGUGGUAAUCCAGACUUUACCUUGCUUCCCUCUGACAGUGUAUGACUCAGAACACUCAGCUGUAAGACUCCUCUGCUUUGAGAUCAGGUGCAUGUGUGAGACAGCUGACCCCAGAUUGACUCUACCAUGACCUACUUUUCACGUGCGCCCCUACCCCCACCUCUUACCCCCUGCCUAUUACCUGCUCGAAAUGAAUUAAAAAGGACCCCCAUAUCCUGUAGUCCUGAAAGAUCACUAUUCUGCCAAACUAGGUCAAAGUAUGGACGUGCCUCCACCUUCACUGCAUUCCAUACAUUAAUACACCAACGCUGUUUCUGUUUGGCAACAUUCAGUCACAUGUUUCAGUCAUUAGCGUCGCUCUCUUCAGAACUUGAUGGAUGUAGUUUGACCAAGAUUCCCCAGUAGAUAGUUUGGAUGGCAUAAAUGUCUUGGUGAUUUACUCACUGUUGGACUUGGGUAAGAUUUUAAGCCACUAGCACGAGAACCUACACAUCCCACUGAGCAAUAGACGGCUAUUAGACGUUAGGUUUUUAUUUUAGACCUAAUUUCAACCGUCUAGAUUCUGUGUAUUUUUAGACAGAAUUUAGAUGUUGCACUUUAACCCAUUAUUUGAUAACUAUUUAUUUCAAAGAGCAACUGUGAGUUGCAUAACUGAUCUCCAAGUUCUUAACCAAAAUAAUUAUGAUAGCCAUUGAGCAAUAUACAGUGUAGUAUAGUAUGGCUGGCUAGUCUAAACUUGGUCUAAAUUUAGAUGUCUAAAAAACUUUCAUUUUUGGACCUGUGGUAGCCUGACUUUAGACCGGUCGUCUAGGCUACAUUUAGACGUCUAUUAGACCUCUUUUAGAACAAAAAUGCGGGGGAUUAGACUCUUAAUAGAUCUGUAUUCAGGAGAGUUUCUAGUUUGUUCUUACUGCAAUUACACCACCAAAAUCUAGACUGUUGAGAUUUCUGUGCCAGUUUAUGGGUUUUCUUUUUGUCGUCCUUCUGUGUGAUCAUGUUGGAGUUGAUGCUUAUAGGAGUACGUAACAACAUUCACUUUUACUGAACUGACAGAAAGGCAGAAAACAUUGAAUAGGCCUGGGAAUAAGAGUUUUAACUGCACAUCUUUUCACAGGCUUUAGAUGCUAGCUUUGUAAAGCUGAGUGUCCUUCAAAGGAGGUGAUCAAUCACACUUGUUGUAUUCUGUGUAACCACAUAAUGUGCUGUACACUUCUGGAAGGUAAAUUAUCAAGAACAAACGCUGUAGCCAUGAGUUUGUGUUGUUGCUGUUUUUGCUACUGCUCUGUUUGUUGGUCUCUAUCCAUCUCUCUUUAUUUCUAUCCGUCUUUUUCUGCCCCUCCAGUCGAAGCACACGACUGCUGCCGUAAGUCUGCCUCUACCUGCCUGUCAAACCAACGUUUUUCUGCUUAUUGAUUGAUUGAUUGAUUGAUUGAAUAAUAGAAACAGACUUGAAUAUCUGCAAAAGAGAAAGUGUCUGUUUGGACCAAAGACUGUCAAAAAAAAAACUGAAUCAGAACUAAAACAUAGUAAGAAAAAAUACUGUCUUUUGACCCUUUCAUUGGAACCCCUGCUUAACUUCACUGUGUUUCAUUCAACCAAACCAUCGAAGCUGCUUGUAUCAAAGUUUAACGGUUGAUGAUUGCAUUCAUAAUAUUUGAUAUUAGUCAGGGGAGAAAUCUUUAAAAGACCAAGUAGUUUUUCUUUAAUUGCUCUGAGUGGAUUUGGUUAUUAUUUAUAGGAUUACUGGAAUUUCUCAUGCUUUUCCUUUUUGCUUUAAUUACAGACCUAUUUCAUGGAGUUGUGUCCAACACUUUAGGGUCUGAUCUCUGUGGAUUUUCUCAAUGACGUUAGAGUCGUGCUGAGCUUUACUAACAAUAGCGUCAUUCCUACACACAUUCCUUGACACACACUCACACUCACACACCCCAUGCUCUCCAUUGUUCUGCCCUUCCCCUCCUCACACUGGCAUAUAGCCUCUAGGAUAGUGUUUUUUCCAGGCCUAUCCCCACUCUCAUCACAUCUCUCAUCCCACACAGAGCACACACUCUCUUACAUAAACACACACUUGUGCACACAUUUGCCCGGGGCAUGUACCAAAUUGUGUCUUUGGUAGUGUGUCAGGCAGCCGGGCAGUGUUUCCCAAGCUCAUAUCCCAUUGGUUGCUCUUUCUGCAUAUGAUCGGAGAAAGCUUCUGAAAGCGAAGAGUUGGGGAGUCUUCCUCCCAUCGCAGCUGAGAAGUCAGCAUGUUGUUAGUGUGUGUGUGUGUGUGUGUGGGGGGGGGGGUUAAGUAGCUCUGUCAUUUGACUCAGGUGGUGAGAUGAUUGUGUGUUUGUUGGAGGGAGGAGGCGGGCGGGCAGGCGGGGAGCUGAUUCGGCUUCCAGUGAGGGCUUGUUAGAGGCAGGAAUUCAGAGGGAGCGCUCACUAAACAAUUCAUCAGGACAAGAGGAAGACUGGUAGAGUUUUGAGAGUUAGAUUUGUAUGCAAUGGAGGCUGUGGAAACUAGAGUUUAUGGACUGAGUAUGGACAGUUUGACCUCAUCACAGAGAGAAAGGGCUGCAGAGACUGAAGAAGACGCAGAAAACAACAAUCUGGACUGUUUAGACAAUAUGAACAGAAAACAAACUCCGAAAGACGAGGACGCGAGAGCUGGUGAUGUUUCUAGAAGAUGCAGAUACCCUGAGAGUGCUGACACCGACACUGCUGGGGAUAGUGCAGACAGCAGGCGUUUGGAAAUCGAUGACAACAGUAAGGAUCAGAGUGCAAAGGACGACAGUAAUGAGAGCGACGGUGACAGCAACAAUGAAGAAUCCUGUCUGGGGGCCAUGACACCCUGUGGCCAGCAACACUACCUGAGGCUGGGCGACACCCCCAGACGGCGCUCUGCCCUGCGUCUCUCACGCAUCAUUGCCCGCAGGCAGCUGCUGCAGAGGCUGGCACGAGGUAGAAAUUGAGACAUAGAGCUGAGGCUUAGGGGGAGGGACUUUCUCUGAUCUGAUUUGACCUGACUUGUCGGAUUUCCUCAAGAAAGAAGGCACAUGUAAAUUAGAUCAGCGUAAUUUGCUCUUGAUAUUUAUCUGUUUAUUUCUCAAAUUUUGAUCAUUUUACACAAGAAAGAUUGGGAAAUGCCUGCGUGUUUAACAGUUACAAUCAUUUGGAUGUUUGACGCCUACCUCUUUAGUCUGCAGUCUUCUCCUGUGAGUGAACUUAACCAACCUCUUAUCAGGUCUUCUAUUCAGAGGCUGAGAAAAGGAGCUCAUACAAUUCAGAAUGAGCAUCAAAAUGUAGCCUUGUCAUGUGAGAUUCUGCCAUCAUAUUGCAGGAUUUUUUCCACAUUUAACCCUUGAAAAUCCAUGAAAAGAGCUAACUUUGAGGCGUUUGUUUAUCAUCUGUCCUUUCAUCCUUUCAUUAUGUGUUAAAACCCGAAAGGACUGCAGUGUUAUUGUUUUUGUCUAUGUCCCCACUGCCCAGCUUGUCAGACUUGUAUUCCAUGGUUACUUCCUCAACUUCCUGUCACAUGACUCAUGCUUCCCAGGGAGUAAACAGAACAUCCUGGCGUUCAGUAUGAAACUUUGGGCUUUUUCAAGUGGUUGUACUUGUUGAAGAUAAGUUAUCAUAAUGGUUUUUGUCCCCAGGUCUUUGUAGGCUUUGAGAUGAUCAGAUGUGUGUUCGCCUUGUCGUUUAUAGACUUUGAUUUUAUGACUUUGAUUUUAUUAAGGCUUGGCACUGUGUGUUGUGAUUUUAUUUCAACGUGUGGAAUCUUGUAUGAUGCAUCUUGAAAAAAAACUGAAAAGAGAGUGAGGGAGACAGAAAGAGAGAGAGAGGGAGAGAGAAAGGGAGAUGACAGCUGUAGCAGCAGAUGAGGAAUGUAGACAGAGCAGCAAGUUUAUGCCUGUGCUGCUUUUGGGUGAUGGUAUGACUAAUUCAACUUUCUCCUUCUGCCUUCUGCAAUCAGACUCUCUCUCUCCUUCCCUCUCACCUUCUCAUCUAUCUAUCCAUCUAUCUAUCUAUCUAUCUAUCUAUCUAUCUAUCUAUCUAUCUAUCUAUCUAUCUAUCUAUCUAUCUAUCUAUCUAUCUAUCUAUCUGUCUAUCUGUCUAUCACAGUCAUACAGUCACAGUCCUUUUUUGCAUUCCUCUCUUUAGCAGCUGGUAGACCGUCAGACAGACAUUAAUAAAAUGAACUCAGUAACCCUCACCAAAGCCUCAUCUCAAACCAGCACGAGCUCAUCCUUUCAUUCAUAUCCCAAACUACUGCUGCCUGGUCUUUAUGCAAAUCGUUGUGUAUACAGACAGUUCAAGAAGGGUCCAAUUAACAUGAGAAAUGUUUUAUCUUUAGGGCUUUUAUGUGGGAGGACAGUGGAUAGUACAGCUGGGCAACUGAUCGGAUAUUAAUUCAGAUUAUGGCUACCUAUGUUUGUAAAAUUAUGAUAACUAGAAACAGAGGCGUCUUGCAAAUUUAACAUUUGUGUUGUGCGUUGUCCGCAGGAUUCUCAAACAGCUAAUUCUUAGGGGGCAAAGUUUACGAUAAGAUAAAAUAAGAUUAUCUGAUAUUAUGUGAAUCUUGCAUCCACAGCUGUUUUCCGCUGUCUCCAAGUGCCUCAAAGUCUGCCCAACUACACAGUUCAACAGAUAGUAUGUCUAGACCUGCUGUUUUUAUAAAAACAAUUACAUAUGUCGUAAAUCAGUGAUAAUUGGUGAGGGAUUGAUUGAAGUAAGCUGUCAUUUUGUUGAUGGUAAUGACUCGCUAUUACAAUGCACUUUGAAAUUUAAGGGCCAAAGCUCUUUAUAUUGUUGAAUCAGCCUUGUUUUGAUGUUCGGGAACCAAGAUGACUAGUUUCUGGAGUUCUUAGAGUGAAACUUUGUCCCAUUUUUUCCUUAUAUAGGAUUUCAGCUGCUUGAGCGUUUGGGGUGUCUUUUUUGAUAGCUGUUGUUUUAUGAUUCUCUGGACUCUCUGGACUCUUCUCCUAUGGCGUGAUGCCUUUGUCUAUCUUGACUGGGCUGGGGCUCAGAGAUUUCUAAAUCAUGUUUAUUUAUGAUUUCCUCUUCGCAUGGAACAAUUUGACCCUUAUUUGUGGAUGCAGCUCUAUUCAAAAAGUUAUUUUUAAGUUUUUUAAGCCUGUAGUUGAUGCAUUAUUUUCUUAAUCUGGGGCUUUUUUAGCCCUUUUGGUACACUGUGGUUAAGCUGCUGCUCAUUUAUUUGAAAAUUAAUCUAGAAAGCAAGAUCUUAACGUAAAUUUCAUUGCAUUCACUCGAUUCCCAAAUCAUGGUGGUAAGAACUGUUUUACAUAUUUAAUAUAGAUUUAAAAGCCUUUUCGAAAUGCAAAACAAUGAAAUUUUAAGCAAUGUGAUUAAAAAUUUGAUAAGGUGUCAUAAAUUAAUAAAAUUCAGGCUUAAAAAAUAUUAUCUGUAGGCAGCCCUGUCUUGAUCAUUUCAUAUACUUCUUUGGACAGAGUUGAAGGGAGGCUGAGAAAAGGACUUAGAGACAACAACUGUUUUAUUUUCUGUUGAGUUUAUUAACCAAAGACAGACAAACAGGCCAGCAAAGGUUAAAUCAGGCAACGGGAAGCUACAGAUACUUAGAGAUAUGUUAUCUUAGAUCUAAUAACUCAAAACAAAUGAAAGUGUUUUUACUCCCUCUGCUGGCAAAGAAGAGUCAUAACUAAAUCCACAACUUCAGCACUCUUGAUUUCAGACUAUCUCACCCCAGUAACCCACUCUGUUAUCUCUGAGAAUAAUGUCUGCCAUGUUGAAUCAUUACAUACAAGUUCACAUCUCGUGUAGUCGGGCUGUCUGACCUCUGCUGUCCUCAGUUUAUGUUGACUCCUGAACCUGCUGCUGAUUUCACGCCACUGUUGAUGCAGCUUUACACCACAUUCCUGAGGGUUCGACAUCAUCGCAGAUGAACCAUAAGGGACGGGACGCAAAUAUUCUUCCUGAACAUCCCUCCCUCCUUUCCUCCCUCCCUUUCCUCCCUCACUCCUCCUCCUCCUCUUCUAUCUGUCUUCUUUUUCACUACUUUUUUUUCUUUGUGACCUUUAAACAUUGAGGACUAAGUGCUUUAGCUUAUGUGGGAAUAUGGCUGCUUUCCAGGCAUCCUGUAUGUGUGUGUCUGUUUUUGUGAGUGAGUGUGUGUGUGUAUGUAGUUGUGUAGAGGGACCAUAACUGCUGAAGUUAUGCUUAAACAACCUCAGAUAAUUAUCUCCUUCAGACCUUAUCUGUGAUCUCUCUGGACCUCUUUUCUCUUCUACUUUUUAGUUUAACUCUUUUGAGGAACUACAUUGAAAUAGAUCUCCACUAAAUGUAGCCCGGUCCUCUCUCAUUCCUCUCUCACUUAUCUGUCACUUGGUCUAACAAUUAUCCCCGCUGAGUCCCCCCUGAUACGCUCAGCUAAGUCCUGGAACUUCCUGCUGCCGUUUUAAGCUCACAUGCUGCUCUGCAUGCCUGGGAAAUUCAGUGCAGGAAAUGAUGUCAUUCAUGGAAAUUCAGGGUCCUUGAGACCCUGCACGAGACAAACGGUGGCUGAGAGAAGCUGUCAGAAAGUUAAGGGUCCUGGCGCUGGAUAAAACGUAGGAAAUGAGAGGUAGAGGACAAAAAGGCAGAGGCAGGCGUUCAAAGAAAAAGCUGUGAGGAGAUUGGGGUGCUUGUAUUAUAUAACAUAGCUGGCACCCUUCUUAUGUAAGAAACCAUCAUACAGCCCCAUUGUCCCACACAUGGAUGCCUGUAUUAACACACUCCCCACCUGUCCUCCCUCCCUGCUGUCGUAUAUUCCCCACAGCUGGAACGCUGCGACAGUGAAUAGACUGAAUGGAAAGCUCAGUGCGACUCUCAGAUUAACUCCGUCUGUCUGUGUUUGUGUGCUUUGUGGCCCUCUGAUUAUAACAUGUAUGUGCACUAAUUAAUCUCUUGAUUAAAUUCUACACUUGUGAAUAGCUGUGCUUUGUUGCCGUACUGUGUCGCUGUGCCAAUAGACGCCUUUUAGCACAAACACAAGAGACAUGCGGAUAACACACACACACACACACAGUAAAGAUCACACUGCAUGAAAAAGUCACAUAUGCACACAACAUAUAUGAACACAACUCACGAUGUUUUUACAGACCCAGAUCCAAACUUUACUUUGUUGGUCUAUCAGCUCACAUGAAGAAAGAAAUCAAGGUUAACCAGUAAGCAUGUGUUUAAAACGAAGGUAUACCAAUAUCUAAUGACCCAGACCCACUGAAAUAAGAAACAGAACACCUAGACUAGGCUGUGACAACAUACAAUACAUGCCAAUGAGAUUUUGAUUACUAGUACAUUUAUCUUGGCCUUUAUUGGUGUCUAUUGUAAUUCUAAAUGUAAUGUCAUCAUAAUUCUUGUCUUAGUUUGAAUUUAACAUCUUGUAUAAUUCUCCUGUUUGGACUUUUAUCAUUUUAAUCGAUAUAAAUUUUGACUGUCUUCUUGCGGACCCCAGGAAGAGUAGCUGCUACUUAAGUAGUAGCUAAUGCCAAAUAAUAAAUAAAUAAAUAUAUAAAUAAGCAAGUAAGUGUGUAAGUAAGUAAGUAAGUAGGUGACUAAGUAAGUGCGCAAGUGUGUAAGUAAGUACAUAAGUAAGUAAGUGAGUAAGUAAGUAAGUAAGUAAGUGAGUCAGUAAGUAAGUAGGUAAGUAAGUGCCUUAGUAAGUGUGUAAGUAAAUAAGUAAGUGAGUGAGUGAGUAAGAAAGUAAGUCAUUGAGUAAGUAAGUAAAUAAGUUAGUAACUUAGUAAGUGAGAAAGUGAGUAAGUAAGUGAGUGAGUAAGUAAAUAAGUUAGUAAUCAUGUGUGUAAGUGCAUAAGUAAGUAAAUAAGUAAGUCAGUGAGUCAGUAAGUAAGUAAGUAGGUUAGUGCCUAAGUAAGUAAGUAAAUAAGUAAGUAAGUAAGAAAGUAAAUAUGUGAGCAAGUAAGUAAGUGAGUCAGUAAGUAAAUAAGUAAGUGAGUGAAUAAGUAAGUAAGUAAGUGAGUGAAUAAGUAAGUAAAUAAGUGAGUGAAUAAGUGAGUAAGUAAGUAAGUAAGUGAGUGAGUAAGUACGUGAGUAAGUAAGUAAAUAAGUAAGUAAGUGAGUAAGUAAGAAAGUAAAUAUAUGAGCAAGUAAGUAAGUGGGUCAGGAAGUAAAUAAGUAAAUAAAUAAAAAAAUAAUCAAAAUCCAUCCAUUUAUUAUCAAAAUUUUCAAAUACCUGUUUCUAAAUAAAUCAGCAAUAAUCAACAAAAAGGUGUGCUUUUGAUUAUCCUCUAUCCUUUAUUAUUUUGUAAAGUUAGAAGUGACUCUAACUGAGACAAAAAUGAAGGGCCUUACAUUUAAAGCUUACCACUGAUGUGAUAGACAGCAUUUACUUAACAUUGAUAAUCAAGAAUAAUGAGGCUGAAGACAUGCGUAAAAAUGUGUAUGUCACUCGAAGGAGUCAUUCAUCUCUCAGAUUUCACAAUCAGUAAAUAAGUUGUUGUUUUGGUGUGUCUCCUUCCUGUGGAUCCCCUACAGGCCUUGUCCCCCGUCCAGCUGUCUGUCUGUCUCAUCCUUUCUUACAUUCUCUGACUCACAAGGGGCAACAUCUGGAUUGAGCUAAACGUCCGCUCUACAGUAUCUUUGUGUCUGUAUUCUCCCACCGAUUGUUCUUGGGUGCAGUAUUGAUGAGUUAAGCAAGACAAAAAGUAGUCAAAGUCAGAGUCCCCUUGCUUGCUUGCCUGCCUGCAGGUUCAGCUGACAUAUGAGGUUAGCGUCCACCAGUCGCCCGUCUGUGACCUCUGGGUGGAGAGGGGCGGUGGAUACUGGAUGAUGCAAGCGCCAGCUGAAAUGAGCAGUUUCCUGUGCGGAGACAAAGGAGCGACGGCGGCUCUGGUGAUGGGAAAGAAGGUGGCAUCGGGCGGCUUCUUUUUGGGGCGUAGUGGAAGGGAGGUUUAGGAAGGUUGCAGUGAGUAAAGAAAGUGAACAAAAAGAGAAUGAUGGAGGUGUUUGGGGUGUUUUUGUUUUGGGAAAGAUUGUGAGGGGUAGAGUCAAAGUAUAAGGAAACAGGAAAGGAAAAAGAGAGAAACUAAAGGAAGUGUUGAGGAAAGAUUCAAGUGUAGUGCAGAGAUGCAAAAAUAGAGAGAUGUUUGUAUGUGUAUCCUAACAAAGCAGAAAGUGUGAGAGGAGGCUGAGGAGAAAAUUAGAGGGAAGAGAAAACCUGCAUGGGGCAGGCUGAGGGAGGCAGGACUGUACACACAGAGGCUGGAUAGGCAGCGAAAGAGAGGGCAGAGAAGUGUCGCUGAUGGACGAAAAAGCUGGGUAGCAGUAAAAUAGAUGUGCCAUGGGAUGAAAAGAUAUAGGAGCAUGUCAUCACCUGAACCAUGAGGGCUUCAAGUAAGUGCUCAUUGUCCUGUGUUUUCCUCACAAUACUCUCUUGGCUUCAACUCUUCCAAACACAGUUUCUCCAUCUCUGUAGUCUAUUUUUGUUCCAGAAACUAUUUUUCUGAAUCUUCCCCCUGGUGUCGCUUCACAUGUGAUUUAGAGAGAGGAGUUAUGCGGAGAAUGCAGGGAGAAGGGAUGUAAUUGCUGGAUUGCGGUGAAAGGAUCGUUUCCUCUGACUGUUCUCAUCUCUGAUGGUGAAGACCCAGGCUUUUUAUUGCCCUGCUGAACUUUGUACCCUAUGUUUCUGCUGCUGCAUCUCUUUUUUUCAUUACCAGCACCUCAAAAUGUCUGAAUGAGAGGCAACGAGAGAGGAUUUAUUUGGGAAGAGCAGCAGCCACCACUGCAAACUUGUGCAGAAAGAAAGUCGCUGUUGCUCUAUUUAUUUGUUUGUGUAGCAUCACGUUAUUUUAUAUAUUUUAUUUUAUGGACUCAAAAACUUCUUAUUUUCUCUCCUUUUUUAAGUUCUUACUCUGGCAUCUGAAAACCUCCAUCUUUAAGCUCCCUCAUUUUGCAGUUGUUAAUGCUUGAAAUGUGUAUAAAAGAGGUUUUAUUUCUAUGUGACCAUGUAUACUUUCGUUACUGAAGAGUAUCUUUUGUGCUUUUCAUGUUUAAUGUGUAAAAUAUUUGUCGUGUAAUCCCUGGCACCUCAAUCAUUCAGAAGUCCUCGUCAGCACAAAGCGGUUUAAUUAGUGUCUGCUCAUAAAGAAAGCCUGCAUAUGCACACUUACACAUGCACAAUUCAGCUUUGUGAGCGAGACGUAUGCUUGCGGAAAAAAGUCGUAAAACGAAAUGCCUGUAAAAGUUCUCAUGGUGCUGGCGGCAGCAGCACAUAAUAAGGUGUGGUGCCAUGUGUACGGCUUGUUAAAUUUAUCCAUUAACAGUUAAAUUUUGACUGCUGGUUGGAUGUGCAGGAUUUACCGUAUGAUGCAAAACUCUGCAAGUGGCUCACUGUGUCCUUCAGCGAUAUUGUGGGUCAUUUACUGGCUCACUUUCAGCAUUUCCAAUCUCAUCGUUCCAGCGAAUGUCCAGUGGAAAAAAAUCAUUUCUGUUCGAUUUUUGUUGUCAGUGUUUGACGAAUAUGUUCGGGUAUGGAUGACAAACAAAUAUUCAGACAGAGCUGCACUCUUUUUUCCUCUCUUUGACCCCCAAUUUAGGAUUUUUCAAAGAUCCUCGAAAAAUAUAUUGCGCUAAGGGUCUAUUUUGAUCAUAUAUUUCACUUUUCAAAGUUUUUAAAUAACACAAAAGACACAAAAGUGACAUGUUUAAUGAGUCUAGUGCGCUUAUUUUGCUCUUCUUAUUUCUCUUCCAGAGAUUGAGGCGAAGGAGGCUUGUGAUUGGCUCAGAGCAGCAGGAUUUCCACAGUAUGCCCAGCUCUAUGAAGGUAACCCACACACAUACACACUCACACACCCCUUACAAAUGGGAAUUCAGAGUCCAUUAUGUACCCGCUGCCAUUAUUUUCACGACUGUCCCUUAAAAUUCAAUCCUAAUGUCCAUUCCUCCUUUAAUUUCUCUAUUUGUUUUAUUUUUCUUCGCUGUCUUUAUUUCUCUCUUUUCCCCACAUCCUUAAAUCCUCAUCUUCUGGGCUGCUGCGUUCUAUUUCCAGGCCUCAGUUCCUGUCCAAAGGGAGGGUCAUGGGAAAGGCCUUGUUAUCUCUGCUGGGACUCUCACAAGCUUCUCUGUCUCUCUUCUGUCUCCCACCUUUCUUCUUGUACACUGUCCUCAGCUUGUUUAACACUUCUUUUUCACUCUAUCUGUCCAUCCGUCUGUCUGCCUGUCUGUUUUUUUUGUGCUGUGUCCUUUCAUUCACCUUUUGGAAAAACCUACAGCUUUUUUGUCGUGUGAUGAUUGUUGGGUCUCAUACAGUUUUGGGACAAACAGGAAAUAGCCUAAGAAAUGUAAAAAGUCGCUCUUAAAAUCCAACAUCAUGCAAAAAGCACAAACACACACACACAUAUGCGCACACACACACACACACACACACACACACACACACACACACACACACACACACGCACACACACACACAAAGCCUUUCUCUGAGAACUGCUGUGAGCUCUUGUAAUGUUGGGUUUUGGCUGCCGGCUUCUGGGACUCUGUGGCGGCUUCUGGGUGCUCAUAAUGCCUGCUGUCUGCCACCACACAAGACGAGUCACCAAAAUAAAAGUCUUGAGUCAUUUUGGCAUUGGCAGAGCGCAGAAUGAAAGCUAUUUUAGUGUUUUCAAAACGGGUCUGUAAACUUCAGAUGCAGAUGACGGGUGUUAACAGCGGCAGCAGCAGUUGUUCUUAACUUCACAGAUUCCUAAACUAGCAGAGGAAAACUGCUGUCUCCUGUCAAUCAUGAACUCACAGAACCCCGUUUUUCUCCUUUUUGGCUGAUUUCCUCUCACAGAUUCCCAGUUUCCAAUUGAUAUUUCCUCGGUGAAAAGGGACCACGACUUUUUGGACCGGGAUCUGGUGGAGCCUCUAUGUCGGUAAGAACAUAUUUGUGUUAUGUACCCAAACACGCACAUGCAGACCUUGUUCACUCAUUUGCUUGCUGAAAAUUUGUGUAUAUAUCUUUUUGAUACAUUCUUUUUGGGGUGGGGGGGGACUAAUAAAAAACAAAGAUGUGAAAAAGAACAUGUUGGAUCACCAUGUUUCUACAGUUUUAUCCUUUUUAAAUGUCAGUGUGAUUGUCCUUCUCCUGUCAUUUUUAUGUAUUCAGUCCAUUUUUCCCACUUCCAACAGCACUGAUCCUCUUGAGUCCUUAUUCUAUAAGUCAGCUGUUCCAUAUAAGGAUAUAUCUAUAUAUUUGUAUAUAUAUAUAUAUAUAUAUAUAUAUAUAAUAGUAUGUAUUUUGUCCAUAACUUUCAUCCAAUCUUCCUGUGAUGGUGGGUCUAUCUUGUACCAUUUUCUUGUAAUUGCCUUUUCACAGGCUGCUAACAUAAUGUUCAAUAUGUAUCUAUCAUCUUUCAACACAACAUUUCCUGUAGUGACACCAAGAUAUAAUAAUGUACAAGUCUUGGAUACAGCAUAACCCGAAAUUUCGCCCAUAACUAAAUGAACAUCUUCCCAAAAUUUUGUGAUCUUAGGACAGAGCCAGAACACAUGUGAAUGGUUCACAUUUACAUCUCAAAAUUUGUGUAUAAAUCUUAACAUUAAAAAACUGAGAGUAGAAAACAAUAGUUAGGUCGAAAAAUUUAGGUUUGGAAAAACAGGUUUAAAAAUUUCAAUUUAAGGUUAAAUGAACAAUAUAUUGAACAUUUAUAGGCUUUUUAUUAACGUUUCAGCUGUCAUCUCAUCACUAUAUUCAGAUCCUCAUAAAGCUGUGAAAGCCAUGACCCAUCAAAAACUGUCAUCUCUGUUGUGGACAGGAUAACCCACUGAGCAAUAGACGGCUAUUAGACGUCUAGUUUUUUUUUAGACCUAAUUUCAACCGUCUGGAUUCUGUAUAUUUUUAGACGGAAUUUAGACAUUGCACUUUAAUCCAUUACUUGACAACUAUUCAUUUCAAGUACUUAACCAAAAUAAUUAUGAUAGCUGUUGAGCAAUAUACAGUGUAGUAUAGAUAUAGUCCAGAUUUAGAUUUAGUCUAAACUUGGUCUAAAUCUAGAAGUCUAAAAAACUUUCAUUUUUAGUCAUCUAGGCUACAUCUAGGAUACUAUUAGACCUCUUUUAGACCCAAAAAUGCUCAGUGGGAGUGAAUGUAUCAGCACGAUGAGAGGUCUACCCAGACCCUUUCCCUCAGACACUGAUAAUGACUUCCAGGGAUCAAUAAUAAUAUCAGGAGUUUCAGUAACAAUUAGUAUCAUAUUUAGCAUAUUUUCACAAAACAAAUUGAUAUAAUAAAUAUAAUACACUGUUUUUUAAAAACUGACUCUUUAAAAAAAAGCGUUUAGAUUUUGGUAAAAAUGCAACCCAAUAAGAGAGUGUGAUCUUUCUCACUGAGUAUUUCCACAGCUCUACAAAAUGACAAAUUUAAUAUAGAGCAUUAUGUAGUGAGUGUUGUGUGAUUUCAGACACAGCCUUGGAGCCUCCUCUGCCCACUAUCCAGGAUUAUUAUUAUGUGAAAUUACAGAGGCUGGUGCAUGUGACACAUGUGAAUAAUAAGUGGUUAGGCUGUCCGAAAAUUCUGCAGAAAUUUCCAAGGGUGCACAUGUGGAAAAAAAAAAAAAAAGCUUCAAUUCACUCUCUCACCCCUGCUUGUCCCUGCGGCCUGGUGCUAACUGCUAAUCAUUAGCUGUCUGACCCCGACCCUUAAUGAAGUCCCCAUCCCUGUCUCUCCCUUAGACACCCAGGCUUUGAUCUGGUCAGCUCCCCUCCCCUCUGCCACGCUCUGAUCUCCUAUUCAAAGAGCAGAGACCCUCAGGGGGCAGAGAGAGUGUGGAGGGGGCUAACAGGGAGGAGGGUUAAAGGGAUGCCAGUAUACUCCACCAGAUGGCUUUGAGUGUGUGUGUUUUAAGUCCCCUCUGCAUACCUCUAUGAUCUCUCUGUCACACGUCUCCUCUUCUGCUAUUCUUUUUGAAGUUUCAAGUUCUUCAGCGUCACAUUUCCCUCUCCUAUGUAUUGUCUUUCCCCCCUUUUGUUGACCUUGUUUUUUCCAAUCUCUGUAGUAGAGGAGGGCAUGUAAUUAUGGUGUCAGUGAUUCUUAAAUAGUUUUAUAUUGAACUACACAGCAGACCCCAUGAGAGCUCUGUCUGGAGCUGUUAAACACACUCAUAAUGAGCUCAAUUUUGUCGGCACAUCAGUCUCCACAAGAGCAUUUUUUGUCAAAUUUUUUAUUACAUGCCAGCAAAAAUGAGUAGGAGAAUAUGAGCUACAUCAUCUUAAAUUUGCAUGAAUAAUUGUACAUUUCACUAGAGAGGGGGUGUUUGUAUCGUCAAAAACACAAAGUUUAGUUUUUAUCCUUUAUUCUGCCAAAAUGAAAAGAUUUAAAGAUUUGUUUUUUGCAAGUAUGUCACACCAAGUACUCCUUUGCUUGUUUGUAGGGGCAGAAAAAUUAAACUAUGAAGAAUCUCCUGCUAUUUUAAGAGGCAAAAAUUGUCAAAUGACACAAGAACAGAUAUUUUAGGGUCUUAUCUUGAGAGAUAUAAAUGUCCCCUGAAAAUAGGGAGAAAGAAGGAUGCUCCAAGAGCUAAAUUUGGGAAAGAGAGAUGUUGGACUAGUUGAAAAAUGAAAGGGAGGAGGGAGGAAAGUGAAGGGGAGGAGCCGGCUGGGUUUCUGGGAUUCACUCUUUGAGGGUGACGAUCAGUCCCAGCAGAGAUAAGUCAGAGAAUGAGAGGGAGGAAUAAGGGGAGGAAAAGGGGCAGAAGGGUGAAGUCUGGAUGUAAUGAGGAGGAUGGAGUCAGAGGAGAAGAUCAAAGAGGAUGAACUGAAAUGAGAGGAUGUCUGAGAGUGAGUGAAAGAAGAAAGAGAGUGGCAUUGAGGAGAGAAAGUAUACUCUACAGUAAGAGAGGAGGACACAAAGUAUUCAACAUGGCAGCUUUACCACGUGACUAGAAGUAACCGGGUUUUUCUCUGUUCAUCCUGCAGGCGCCUAAAUACUCUGAACAAGUGUUGCUCCAUGAAACUGGACGUCAGCCACCCGAAGAAGAAAGUAAGAGCAGCUUUUCCAAUGUUCACGCAACUGCUCCAUAAACUUUGUGGUUUUACUUUAUUUAUUUAUUUAUUUAUUUAUUUAUUUAUUGUAUAAUUGAAAAUGUGAUGCUUGUUUCAUCUGUGGCUGAAAUGGCUAAGAAUUCAAAAAGAUAAUAAAUAAAAGCUCAUUCAGCUCAAGAGUUGGAAUAAAGUGAUAAAUCUAGGUAGAAUAUCAAGUGUCUUAGAAAUGUGUGAAGUGAAAUAAAAUCAAAAUAUGAAAAAAUAAACUACACAAAUUACUCUCAAUUUACAUCAAAAUGAUCUAUUAGUUAAAAUAACAAUUACUAAAACUAUCUUUUAUUAACUUAAAAAGGGCACAGUACUUUGAUGUUCCUAACUAAACCUCAUUUAAAAAUUCAGCUGCAAGAAUUCUGACAAAAAAGCCCAUUUGUAUUGUCUCUAUUCUAGUGCAGAGAAAGACCCAAAGCGGAUGGAGAGUCAUUUAACUUAUCUAUAUAUUCUCAAAAUGAAAUCAGCCCAUAAUAACAUGUCUAAUAUGCUGCAAGACUUAUUACAUUAAGGGGGAGUGGGCUGCUGAAGGGUCUGAGGCCAAAUCUUGACUCGAUAUUUAGCAUAAGGGGAUCAUGCAGCACAGGGCAGGAAAAACUGCAUUGCAGCCUAAUUCACUGCAGCAUUUUAACCUGGUUUGAAAUCAUUGAUGUGCCCAAAUUUGUUUUUCUUAACACACCCAAGGCUUUGUUUGGAUUGUGCCUUAUUUAAUACUCUUUACUAUUUUAUCUUAAUUUACAUAUAUUUAUAUAUCUUUUUGUAUAUGAGUUGCAGAUUUUGCAAAAAAAAUAAUAAUUUUAUGACUCAAUGGCAGGCAGAGGAUUUGAUCAGACAAAAUUUGACUUCUACAAGUCCAAUGUCCAAAAAAUGUGCAACUAAAAAACCAACAUGAAAGAUAACACAACACACUGGAUAACCUCAGAAAAUGUACACACAUAAACAUAAAAAAACACUGUUUGAUUUUCAGUUGAUCGAGUUUUGAUCUAGAUGCCACUAAAGUACAAUGAAGUGACAAAGACACUGAAAAUAAGUAAAACACAGGUGCAACAGGGAGGCACAGGUGAAACUAACAACGGAGGGCAACUGAACUGGAGGGACACGUGAUCAGGAGGGAGUAAACAAGGCACAACACUAAAGAAGAAAGGACAUACAAACUAAAACAGGAAGCAGUAAAACUAAAAUAGAAAAUACACACAAGGAGUUCAGGUACACAGGACACAUCAAAACAAGGAAUAUGGAAAAUAAACAAAACAAAUGACAAUAUGAAUGUUUAUUACUUUAUAUUGUGCACUUUUUUUCUUUCCUUUUUUGGACCCUGAAUCUUUCUUCAUAUAAAAACACGCUGAAGACAGAAACUGCAUUGGCUUUUCUUUAUUAACAAAAAGUUACAUAAGCAACUUCUUCAUUUUAAGAAGAAAUAUCAUUAUUUCUGUUUCUCUGCCUUUCCUCAGGGUGAUGACUCCGAUGAAGAUGACCCCUUGGCCAUCAGUAAAAGGUGGACUUUUGAGUGGAGUAGCCGACGUUGGUCUCGGCUACAGGACUUUCUGUUGGACGGCACCAGUGAGAGCAGCCCGACCGGUCAUGUAGAGGGUCUGCACAGCACGGUGAGCAGUGAGAGUGUGCUGACAGAUCUGAGUGAGCAGGAGAUCGCAGAGAUUUCCUCACUGCACAGCGAGGACUCCACCUCCGCCAUGCCUGACUCCUUAUCCAUGGCGUCUCUCUCUGCUUCCUACAACCCGCCUCGAGAUCUCCCACACUACAACUCUCUGCCGAUCAAGAGCAGCCGCCAUGGGCAAGGAGGGAAGAGCAAAGCCAAAGAGUUUCUGCGUCGAAUGGAGUUGAUGCGCACAUGGGGGCCAUCGUCGAGACGGAAAAGCUCAAACCGCAGGCCGCCGCUGGUCAUCAGCGGGCCUGUGUUACAGGGGGAGGAGCCUCAUGCUUUGCAGGUGCUCACUUGUACUCCAAUCAGCCAGCUAGAACAAAACCACCAAACUGAUGGAGACCCCUCAGUCUCUAUUACAGAUGAUUGUAAAGAUCAAUCUACAGAGAGUGUGAGCCCAAGCAGAGACACAGAGGAAGAGCCCAUUGUGAAAAAGCCUGUAGUCACAAAACCCAGAACUGCUAAUAAGAGGAGCAGCAAGUAUCUGGAGGACAUGGAGCUGCCUUCUCAGGGAAAGAGAACUGAGGGACAGAGCCAAUUUGGUCGAAACCAGUUUCGUUCUUAUGAAAACCUUCUCAUUCACAUCCCUAAAGACCAUAAACCGGGCACAUUUCCAAAAGCUCUGUCCAUAGAGAGCCUGGCGCCUUCGCCGGGUGAUGACAACUCCAAAAAACAAUCUUCUCCAGCCAAAAACGGCGUGCAUGAGUCUUGGAAUGGUAAACCUUUAUCCAAGCCACCCUGUCCGGGAGCCCCGCGAGGCAGCAGGGUGAGCGUUUAUGACAACGUGCCGGGUUCCCACCUCUAUGCCAGCACGGGAGACCUGCUGGACUUGGAGAAGGAGGACAAUCUGUUCCCUCACCUAGAUGAUAUCAUCCAGCAUGUGAGCGGUUUGCAGCAGAUUGUGGACCACUGGAGCCGCAGUGUGCUCCCUGAGGGGGAGGCAGGGGAGGGAGAGGAGGAAGGGGAGGGCAGAACCACACCGAGCGAAGGAGAAAGAGACGGUGUGUCCAUGAACGACACUGACUCGACAGGGACCAGUCGGGAGAGGAGGGACUCUGGGGUUGGGGCCUCACUUACAAGACCACGGUGAGUGAGAGGAGGCCUUGUAUUUUCUGUAGAUUUUGGCCACAGUGUGGUUUGAUAUAACGUUUCACUGACCAACAUGAGGAUAUUGCUAGAAGAAGAAAGUCCAACAAGCAAAAUAAGAGAAGCGUUUUUAGUUGUUGGUAAACUCCUGAACUUGUAUUGAGAAAAUUAGCCUACUUUCCAUAUGUGGAUAUGUUCCCACUUAGUUUCUGAUCUCAGUCCCUUGUUUUAAGAAGUUCUCAGUUGAUCAUGAUGUUGAUUUGAUAAAUUAUGGUCCCAGUUUAAGUAAUAUUGAUGCCAAAGCAGUAGGGAUGGGAAAAAAAAUCGAUACAGCAUAGUAUCACAAUAUUUUGUCUGGUGAUAAAUUGUAUCGUCUCAUUUACCAAGUAUCGAUUUUUCAAAUUAAUUGCUAAUAUUAAAUCCGAUCUAUGAUAAUGGGAAAAUAAAAUCAACUGUUUGUCCAGUGAGGUUGGAAGAGGUGACAAAUAUCUAUAUAAGGUUUGCAAGAUGUGCUACAUGAAAUUAAAAUACGGCGUCAAUAAGACAAACAUAAAGAAAAACCUAAUGACCUAAACCUUAAAUUAGCUGAACAGUAAAAAAAUUGUAUAUAUCCCUAAAUAUUGUAUCACAAUUCUCACUGUAUUGCAGAAUGCUAAAAAGCGCAAUAAUGUGAUUCCCAAAUAAUGGUGAUUCCUACCCCUACAAAGCAGUGUAUGCUCUCAGCUGUGGCUGCUUAUGGUUAAAAAGUUUGGUGCUGCUACCAUGAUGACCUGUCCGGAAAUACAGCUUAGCAUAGCAGUUAGUUUUUAUAUUGUUGCUGAAAUGCAGUUACACAGGUUUUUAAGAGAACACCAAAAACUUUUGUGUCUCAAUUUGACUUGUUUUCUUACCCUCCCAGUCUGCGAUGGCCCAGUUUCAGAACCUCCGAUCAUCUCAACCAGCCAGCAUCUUCUCUGCAGAUCAGCAGCCAAUCAGCCGGCCAGCUCAGCCUGCUGCAGAAGUUCUCUCUGCUCCGCCUCACCGCUAUCAUGGAGAAAUACUCCAUGUCCAAUAAGCAUGGCUGGACAUGGUGGGUUCACACGUUUUUUUUUUCAAUUUCUGUGUACAAAAGAUUGAUUUUUACUCCUUACUCAUAUUUUUAUCACUUUUAAUUUCAUGUCACACAAUAGCGCAUGAAUUUCCAAAGACACUUACUGUGAGUGGUGCUUUGAAUGAUUGAAAUACAGCCUGAUGAGACCAGAAGUUUAUUAUAAGAUUUUUUAUGACAUUUUAGAUUGAUUUUAUCUCAACUUUUCCACAUCAGAGCAGAUGUAAGACUACAUGUAACACCAUCACUAACAGGUUUUAAAAAACAACACCUGCUCCAGUGAUACUAGCUGUAUAAUGGCAGGUAAAGACUUCAUUGUUAGUGAGAGACUGGCUUUAGAUUCUGAGUAGCACACCACAAGCCAAUAUCCCCAUGACCUGCAAACACAAGCAAAUUUUAAUGACCAGCCCUGUUCAUUUUUAUGAUCCCCAAGAGGGGAAAUGUGUUGACCAGCAUCAACAUAAAGAGAAAGAUAAUGAAAGCUUUGGCCUCCCGUUUUUGCCCUAAUUGUUUUCUGCCUGUUGCUUCCAGGUCCGUGCCCAAGUUUAUGAAGCGCAUGAAAGUGCCAGACUACAAAGAAAAAAGUGUGUUUGGUGUUCCCCUCAUCAUCCAUGUCCAGCGCUGUGGUUUCCCUCUCCCUCUGUGUUUACAGCAGGCCCUCAGCCACCUCCGAACACACUGUCUGGACCAGGUUAGAGAGGAAAACAGCUUUUACAGGACUCAAUUUCCUCCAGCCACAGUGCACAUUUCAAACCGGAUGCUGCAUGGAGCAAAUAUUUGUUUUGAAUUUUCCAUUUGUCUGACCAUUUUUGUUUGUUUCUGUCUCAGGUGGGAUUGUUCCGUAAGUCUGGGGUGAAGUCUCGAAUUCAGGCGCUGAGGCAGCAGUGCGAGCUUUUUCCCGACUCUGUAAGCUAUGAGGACCAGUCAGCUUACGACGUAGCCGACAUGGUCAAACAGUUCUUCAGGGACCUGCCAGAGCCGCUGCUAACAAGCAAGCUGGGGGAAACUUUCCUUCACAUUUACCAGUGUAAGUUACUGGAGAGCUCUGAAGGCUGGAACAUGGUUGAGCAGCUGUAGUCAUAUAAAGCAGAGGAUUUGACUACAAAGUCUUAAGAACUUUGAUAAUGUGAGAUUGUAGAUAACAAAUGAAAAUCCGGAUUUAAUCAGCCUAAUAUGGAGAAAAAGGUUUUUUCCAUUAUGUUAUUAAAGGCAUUCACUCUGAGCAAUAACAAAAACACUGGAUCAAAGAUUCGAUGUUGUAUGCAGAGACCUCGUCUUUGACCCAUCCCUUAUCCUUACUUCCUGUUUAAUUUUCUGCAGACGUCCCCAAGGAGCAGAGGUUGCAGGCUGUCAGAGCGGCCAUUUUACUGAUGCCAGAUGAAAACAGGGAGGUUCUGCAGACGCUGCUCUACUUCCUGCGUGACGUGACUUCCAUGGUGGAGGAGAACCAGAUGACGCCGAUGAACCUGGCUGUUUGUCUGGGACCCUCACUCUUCCACCUGAGCAUACUGAAAAAUGAGACGCUGUCCCCAAGGUGCAUUUACAAUAAUGAAAUAGGUUAUAAUAACGUUGAGGAGAAUUUUUUUAUCUAAUGCUUACUUUCAACUCUUGUCCCUAUGAAUCUAUCUAUGAAAUAUCUACCAAUUUGUUAGAGGUCUAAAUAGGGAAAGACAUUGAAUAAAUAUGUGAACACUGUUUUGUAUCAUCAAAGAAGAUAAUAUGCUAUAGUCUGAUCACGUUAAACAGGAUAUGGUGGAAAUUUGUAAAAAAGAAACUUUGAUAAAUACAAAUUGAACACAAAGUAAUGGGAGAACUUGUUACUUAUCUCUUGUUUCUCUCUUCUGCUGCAUGUAGUCCUUGCCUUUUGCUGUUGUCAGUAAUGUCAAAGCUUAGUAACCCUGCACCUUUAUGGAAGUACUCACUUGAUUCUCGUUAUAUGUAUUCUGUUCAAUUUCUGCUCCUUUAGAUCAAUCCAGAGAAAGUACACCACUGGCCGCCCUGAUCAGAAAGACCUGAAUGAGAACCUGGCUGCCACCCAAGGCCUGGCACACAUGAUCACUGAGUGCCAGCAUCUCUUUCAGGUCAGCAAUCAUGGAGGAUAGAGUCAAUCUUAUAAUACCAAAAACUGAUUCAUGACCCGGAGAGGCUGUGCAGUUCACCUUUUAUGAAUACUUAUAAAACAUCUUGAUGUAAGAAACAGACAAAAAUAACUGCAUACGCAGAGUGGAGUGAUGUUUUCCCAGCUGAGCUGUUAUUAUCCGAGGCCACAGUAUAAUUGUGUGUAAUGAGCUAUUUUCUAAAACAGUAUAUCAUCAUUACCCUCAGGCUGUGUGUGGGUUUACAAUAUUUACUGCUGCCUUGAGUGAAAACAUUUUCAAGAACAGAAAAGAAAAACAGACUUGUUCCUGAGUUUAAUGUGAUUUUCAGAGAAGAGAAAGUGUAAUACUUCAUAAAUAUGAGAGGGAACUGUGUUGGAGUUUUUGUGAAAUGACAAAAUUUACUGGAAAUAAAAAUGUCUUUCAACCUUGGCGACAAAAUCCUUUGCAAAAGCCUCGGACGAUCAAUUAGUAGAAAGACAGCUGAUCCAACUGUCACCAUAUUGAAUGUAUCGAGGUCUAUUUUCUGCUUUGACAUGUUUCUAAUGAGGCCUGAGCCGUCUGCUGUGGUGUGAUGUUAUUUUUUCCUCCUGCUAUCCUCCAGAUCCCAGAGGAGAUGGUGACCCAGUCUAGAAACUCGUACAUGGAGGCCGAGCUGAUGGUGCCCCCGCUGGACGAGCUGUGCAAGGCUCAAGAGGAGGAAGUGAUCGAGGACGAUGAAGAGGAAGAUGAGGAGGGAUCGUAUCACGCACACCUAGAAAGGCUGGUCCAGAACCUGCUGGAAGAAGCCAAAGAUAAGAGCAAAGGCUGGGUGUCUCGCUCAUCUAUUGACCACACGGAGCUGGCUUUCAAAAAGGUGUGUGGGCGUUACAUUUUGUUAUUACUCUGAUGUCUUAUGAAGGAGAAAAAAGAUUGAAAAGGUUUAAAAGGUUUAGUCAAACACAUUCACUUUUCGAUAUGUUAUAUCCAUGACGUAUUUGUGCAAAAGGUUGGAGAUGGUAACCCGCUAAGACGGUGGCGAGUGUGUGUCGAGGUGUUGGCAACACCUAGUGAGGUGCUGCAGCGGCUACUGAGGGAGCGGCUGCUGUGGCAGAUUGAACUGCAGCAGGAGAAGGUUCUGGAGACGCUGGACAAACAGACGGAUGUGUACCAGUACUCCUGCUGCAACAUGGCACCUCACCCCAGCUGUGACUUUGUGGUACUAAGGUCAGGAGUCCUGCGCUAAGACACUGAAGUGCUUAACAUGAUUUGAGAUGGAUUUGUAUCAGUUUUAUUACUUACUAUACUUUUUCUCCUUUUCUAAAACCUCAGAUCCUGGCGCACAGAUCUCUGUAAAGGCUCCUGCGCGCUGGUGUGUGUGUCUGUCGAACAUGAAGACAGCCCACGCAUGGGAGCAGUGAGGGGGGUGGUGCUUGAGUCACAGUACCUCCUCGAGCCCUGUGGGACUGGGAGAACCAGACUCACGCUCAUCUCCAGAGUGGACCUCAGGUGCAGUGAAUGGAUUUCAAGUGUUCUUACGGUCAGUCUUUUAAUCUGCACUGUGAUGUGUAACGUGCGUGCUCUUUUUUAAAUUUUUUUUUACAGGGGAAGAUCUCCAGAAUGGUACAACAAAGCAUUCGGUCAUCUGUGUGUGAAUGAAGCUCAGAGGAUCCGCUCCUCUUUCCAACUUGCUGGAUCAGACGAGCACUGAGGCCAAACCCAAACUCCACAAGUUAGGCUUUAUUUUGGGUCACAGAAAAACUGAACCAGAGGGAGAUUUAUUCAACAUGAGGACUUUUAGUGUCUUUUCAUGCUGCUGAGUGCCAUACUGUACUGAGUCACGGUCCUUCGUAUUUCAGCAACUUUUCACAGGCGUCUUUAAACAGCACAUUUUUACUUAUUUAAGCUUAACUAAUCAAUUUUAUAAACUUCUCUUUAAACUCUGGUUUCCAUUUCACUGUAUGAAUUAACUUAUUAGAUUGUUUUUAUCUGUAAAAAGAGAUCAUUUUCAGUAUUUAUUUAAAAAGUUAAUUCUUUUAUAUCCACCAGUAUCUUGCUAAACCCAUGAUCAAAUGUAAAAGCCAUCUACCUGCAUGUGAUCCUGAGUUACUCAGUAUUUUAUCUUAUAGUAUGAUCUUUAUCCUCAAACUUACACCUUACUGUAACUGAUUUUGUGGAACAGUAUGUAUGAUUAGAAAUGGCACAAACAUCAGUCAUAUGUACAUGAAAACACACAUUUCAGUCGGGAUUACUUUUAAAAAAUCUACUUCUAGUCCAAGCCUUGAUGCUGAAAAAUUCUGGACAAAUAUAACUGUUUUUUUUUUCUCAGAUGAAUUAUUGAAAUAAACUUGAACCCUGAUCUUUUAUCUGUUAUUGUCACAGUCAUAGUGGAAGUUUCAGGAAAACCUCUAAUGGUAUCUGAUAUUAACCUUUUAUGCUUUUCAAAGACAUAUUGUGUUGUACACCUGGCUAUAUAUAAACAAAUGCAAAGUGGAUCUUUCUGAUAUGCUUUCGCUUUUUUACUAUCUUUUUUACAAAGCUGUUGAAUUAUAACAAUAUAUAAUGCGCUUAGAUUUGAUUCAGCCCUCUGCAGGUAAAGAUGCAGCAAUCCUUGUGCUUUCUAUAAACAGCAAUGACCACGACCAGUGCAGUAUGGGUACAAGUCAGCGUUACAUUACAAAAAUCAAUCUGAAUCACAGUAAGAGGAGACACUCAUCGGGUCCAUUAAUAAUGUGCUUUAAUCCUGUUAUUGAUGUAUUGUGUUGGACAUCACUGUUAGUUUUCUGUCACUAUUUUCAGUGUUAAUCUUAUCAAAGUGUUAUUUUAAAACUAUUAUUGCCAUUAUGAUGAUGUCUAUGGUUUCACUGUUAUAUUUUAUUGUUGCUGUCAUUUUAUAUAAUGUCUAAGACAUGUGACCAUUUCACUGCUUCUGGGAAGCAUGUUUGAAAUUGUGUGUGUGUGUGUGUGCAUGGAUGUGCCCGUGUAUCUGCAUUUACGAUGUAUGUACAGCCUGUAUUGUAAAUAUAUAGUAUGACGCUUUCUGUGCCAGCAGAUCAAACAUCAAAGCUUUUCAGGGUCCUCCUAUCAUAUUGAUAAGCUGACAUGUGAACUUUUUCCACACAACAUCCUACUAAAGCAGAAUAGCAGCAAUGGCAGAAGAAGCUUGCACAGCCAUGGCGUUGCCUUGGCUUUUAUUUAUGUUCCAGCUGUAGGCAGCGUUGCUACUUUGUUGCUAUGAUACAAUAUCUCUACAGUACCACCAAUAUCCUGUGUGGAUGCUGUCUGCUAGGGAACAUUGUGGCUUGUUUGUUUGUGUGUGUGUGUGUGUGUGUGUGUGUGUGUGUGUGUGUGUGUGUGUGUGUGUGUGUGUGUGUGUGUGUGUGUGUGUGUGUGUGUGUGUGUGUGUGUGUGUGAGAGUGAGUGAGUGAGUGAGAGUCAAAAAGACAGUCAGAGUUGAGUGAAUGACUGACGUGAGCCCUUGGCAGCGGCAGUGUGGGAAAAGGCUCCAAACUUAGCUCGAGAGCAGGGUGAUUUCUGCUUGGUUAUUUCUGACAAAGUGACAGAAAACAGAACCAUUGUUUCUAAAGAAGAGAAUAAAAUAAAAAACAGUGGCAUUAUUUCAAAAUGUGUCCCUUUUCUUUGAUUUAGUAACACACUUCACACAGAAAUAUGCAGCUUGCUAUGUGCUCCUGUGUCCUGUGAGUGGUGCUGUUGCCUCACUAGUGUCUGAAGGUCAUGAAUGAAUCCUGGAAAGUAUGCCACGAGAAAUGCUUUUCAGAUAACUGAGUGAAUGAAGAGUCAUCAAAGCAUCUGGGGUUUCUUCUCCCUGAGGACAUUUCUGUGUCCUCUAAGGGGAUGGAUAUAGGAAUCUAAACCUCAACGGCACAGAUCAAUACUCAAUCACAUAUACCUACUUAGCCGUGUUGAAUGUGGACUCUCUCAGAGGACAAUGAAGGUGUUUGAACACAGACGCUGCCUCCCUGUGGGCUAUAUGUGUGCUAGCUGUAACAGCAAAGAAAUGAGUGAAACAUUGCUUCAUUAACUUGUGCCUCAUUUAACAUGUCAGUGAUUUUAUCUAGAAAGUAGGGCACACUGUUACAUCUCCUGAAUGACAAUGAUCCUCUGCACAGUGGGUAUACCUCAGUGCCACAACUCCAUGGGCUCUGACAAAUGAAAAUCAUGUUAGAAAAUUACAAAGUGAAAAAAGAGAAAGACUUCUAUGAAGCUGACCCAAGCAUUGGUUCUCUUAACUAGAAACCACUUACACUGGAUUGGAUUCAGGGGGAUUUUCAGGGAUUCAGAGUUAACAUAAAACCAAGGGACUAGGUGUAUUUGAAAUUGCUUGAUCCCAGCAGACAUGCAGACGGAUUUAAAAGGUCGUCACAGAUGAGCCAUUUUUUUUAUACUUCGGAUCACUACUUCAAGGCAAUCACAGUUCUGUCUCUAACUAGUAAAUCUGCAUAUAUUUCAAGAUGUUGUGCAUCCCUGCCAACCAACAAAAUGAGUGUAAACAUAACUGUCUUGAUAAUAUAGUAUGCCGAAAAUAAGGCGUUCUCCUAUGGUCAACUUACCCCUUGUAUAGGGUAAGUUGACCAUAGGAGCGGGGUAAGUUGAGCCAUAUCCCUACUACCCCCUCACUCUCCACCACAGCCCUCCUUCACCUUCUCUCUCCAUAAAUAACAGUCACUUCUUCACAUUCAUGUGUAUUUUUAUCUAUUAUACGCUAUUCGACUGGUACAAUAAUUCUUUUUUUUAUUAUUGCAUAUAACUGCUUAAAAGCUGUUUUGUAAAAAGUCAUUUUAACAUUAGAAUGUCUUUAAGUGAUUCAGAACAUUCACAGCUGUAUUUUUG